CCAAAGAGUAUUUCUAAUCUAUUUACUAAUGAAGUAGGAAUUGUGUGGUUAAUUUCGGCCGUUUAAUCAGAGCACAGACUGUAUGACCAAAUCAUCCGGAAUGCACCCAGUCUCGGAAGCUAAGCUGGAUUUAGCCUGGAGGACACGUGGUAAAAAAGCUGUUACAGGGCUACGUACUCAACAGACGGCAGUGCAGCAAAAUCCAUGUUGUGGUACUCUACAUCUAUGCUCCCGCAUGUAUGCUCUCCGCCUUAACCAAACCGCACUGGCCAGUGUGAAGAUGAUCACAUAAACCCCCACUGUGUGUGGAGGCUCACAUCCAGCAGUGGAUUAACAACAUGCAAAUCUAACGUAUAAUAUGCACUACCUAUUUUCAUAUUAAUUUGUUUAAUCCGAGCCUAGGCUCAACAUUUCAGAUCCAAAAAAAAUAUUUUUUUAAGAUUAAUCACUUGUAAGUAGUGGCACUGGAAGACAUCACUUGCUUUUGCCAACAAAAAGGAUGUCAUGUGGCAUCGGGGUACGUCACUAUUGUGAGCAGAGUUUUUCUCACGAAAGCAAAAUGGAAAUGAUCCAGAAACUACCAAACAAAAUUUGAAAUUGUCCUUAAAUAUCUGAAAAUGUAAAGGUUUUCAAUCCAAAACUCAUGCAUCUAGUAUACACAUGUGUUAUAUUGGCAUAUGACCUGUCUGCCUGAAAAUUCCAUCAUAACAGAUUAUAUGCUAUAAACUCCCAGAAGUGUAUCUUGGUUGCUAUUGUUUAAGCAAAACAUUAACUCUGUAAUUCUAGAUUUGAAGCUUUUCGUGACUGCAAGGAUUCAUAUUCUUAGGUUUUUUAUUUUACUUUUAUUCAUUUUAAUGUUUUACCUACGUGACUUUACCGAAAAAACCUAAGAAUAUUAACUCUGUAAAGCUACAUCAUGAGGUUUAAGGCGUAAGGUGGAAUACGAGCACCAUUACUGGAUAGUCUUGCGUGUCCAGAGCUAAUGAAAACGGAGACAAGAAUGAGUGGGGGGGGCGAUGUGAGCUUAGAAAGCACCCACGUUCACAUGUUAGAAUGUCUAGAGCUUUACAUUUAUCCUCAUUUGGCCUUGGAGUCCCUGGAUGGAAAUUACCAGGACAGUCUUUUUGGAGGGUUAUACUUUUUUCCCAGAACUGUGAUCAUUCUUUGAACAGGAAAUACUAUGGACAUGUGUUUCAACUGUACUUUUCGUGGAAAACUCAAGUGACAGAAAAACUGACACGAGGGCAUUUUCUUCAUCUUGUCAGCCCAGCAUUUGCCACCUGGAUGUCACAUAGCAAGCGAUGAAGGGCCUCAACUGGGGACAAUAAGAUCGGAGGUCCCUCUCGCUCGCUUCUUCCUCUUCCCUCCUCGCCUGCGCUCGUGGUCUUUGGCUCCGGGGCAAGCGGCACCGGUAAAAACAUUGGAGGGCAACUGCCAUUGCCACGCCGUGAGCCAUGAGUUCGACACGCAGAGAAACGGAUCCACUACUGGGAGGUGUGCUGCCAAAGCAGGGUCGCAGAGGGAUGUCACCGGCCGUCAACGACACCAAACUUCGCAGACCGUUCUACGUGGACGCACAGAGCAUCGUGGAGCGCGACGCGGAGAGCGGCGAGGAGCGCCUUGCUACCGUCUCCCCGGCCGCAUCCCUGCUCUCCAGCCGCCUGCGCUACUACAGCCGCCUCUCGUCCAGCAACUUGACCACCCUGCAAGCCCCGCAUCAUGUUAUCCCGGCGCCAGAUGAGAUUUACGUGUACAGUCCCCUGGGCACCGCCUUUCGAGUUAAAGACACGCCAGACGGCGCCAAGCAGCCAAGCCUGGUCACCAUUUUUGCCAUUUGGAACACAAUGAUGGGCACCUCCAUCUUGAGCAUCCCCUGGGCAAUGAUGCAGGCGGGCUUCACUUUAGGAAUCAUCAUCAUCUUCCUGAUGGGGCUGAUCACCCUUUACAGCUGCUAUCGCAUCCUGCAGUCACCGAAAGCCAUCGACGGUGGUGAAGGCAUGGACUUCCCUCAGGUGUGCGGCCACUAUUUCGGGCGCUUUGGCCAGUGGAUGAGCCUCCUCUUCUCGCUGGUGUCUCUGGCCGGCGCCUUGAUCGUCUACUGGGUGCUCAUGUCCAACUUCAUGUACAACACUGGCCGCUUCAUCUACGACAAAGCCUGUGGAAUAAACAUGACGGAUAAUAUCCCGAGAACAAAUGGUUCUCAUCCAGUGCUCUGCCCGAACCCUGUCAAACAGCUGUCCAACGUGACUGGCUAUGAGGGCCUCCUCAUGCUGGUGCCGGGAGCGUUCGAAGGACCGCCUGAGGCAGGGCUGCGGGGGGCCACCAACGGCUCCUUUGAGACCUUCAAUAUGUUCUGGAGCCAGACCAACACCGUGCCCCUCUACCUGGUGCCUCUGCUGCUGCCUCUGCUCAACUUCCGCUCCGCUGCGUUCUUCGCACGCUUCAAUAACCUGGGCACAAUCUCUGUGGUUUACCUCCUGAUCCUGGUCACAGUCAAGGCCUCCCAGUGGGGGAUCCACCUCGACUUCCACUGGAUCUCGACCAGCGACAUACACUUUGUGCCUGAGUUUCGCCAGUUUUUCCCUGCCAUGACAGGCAUCCUAACGCUUGCCUUUUUCCUUCACAACUGCGUCAUCACCCUGGUCAAAAACAACCGGCAUCCCGAAAACAAUGUCAGAGAUCUCUCUAUUGCUUAUGGCCUGGUUGGCUUCACGUACCUCUACGUAGGAAUCCUGGUGUUUGCCUCCUUCCCAUCUCCACCGCUGUGGAAAUCUUGCAUUCAAGAGAAUUUCUUGGACAAUCUCCCAAACGAUGACAUCAUGGCUCUGCUGGCACGAGUCUUCCUGCUCUUCCAGAUGAGCACCGUCUUCCCGAUGCUGGCGUACAUCUUCCGCGUGCAGAUUUUCACGCAGAUCUGGGGGAAAAGUUACCCGAGUGUGCUGCAUGUACUGGUGCUCAAUAUGGUGCUCAUCGGCUGCGGAGUUCUCGUCGCUCGAUUUUACCCAAACAUCGGCGCGAUCAUUCGCUACUCGGGAGCGACGUGCGGCCUGGCGUUUGUGUUCGUGCUGCCGGCGCUCGUGCAUCUGCUGUCGGAGAAGCGACGCGGCACGCUGGGCCGGUGGUCCACGCUGGCGCACGUCGCGCUCAUGCUGUGCGGCACUGCCAACCUCAUCGCCCAGUUCUUCGUGUGAACGGCGGCCUGCCUGCCUUGCCUCAAUUUACACUGCCGAAUAUAAUGUCCGUAAAAACAAGAAUUCCUCUUAACUUGUUGGUCACGUUUUUUUGUGUUUUUUUAAUGCACUAAAUGAUGCUACGCCUCAAAUACUGCACGUGAAUUGAUAUUUUUGUAAGUUUUGAUUUUUGUUAUUUUAAACUAUCAAAAUGCACACGAUGAUUCAAAGGGAAAAAAACGUGAUUAUAUACAGGAGUAAGAAACCGUUAUAGGUAUCCAUGUGCUGCUUUAGAAACAUUUUAUAUUACAACUUGAACAAACUGGCGCACACUUUAUGUGUAUCUGAAUUUAUUAUGGAGCGUACGUGAUUCACUGUAUGCCACUUGUGUACUUGCCUGGAUAAAUGCGGUCACUGUCGAUGAAAAACAAAAUUAUUGAUACACUUCAUGGCGAAUCAAACACUUUGGAUUGGCCUCUAACUUUUUUUGAAAUGUUGGGUUUUGCUAUUUACACAUUUUUUACAUUCUGUGCAUGACGGCUCACAAUUUUUAGUUUUCAAAUGCUCACAAUUUUUAGUUUUCAGUUUACGACGGUCCAAUUUACAAAGAUGCACAUUCAUGAUGUUGAUAUAACGUCACCACGGAUCGAUUUACGACGACGGUUCCAACACGACUCCGAACACAUUUGAACAGUCCGUCUGGUUUCCGAUGUGACUUGGCGUGGAGCUGUUGUUAUUCUCAAGUGUCUUCGUAGAUUCUUACCUAUUAAACCCCGUUAAACAUGCCUGAUGAAAGGACAAACAUCGUCAAGUGAUGUUUCUCUCUAGGGGCCGUCCAUAAAUUACGUCACGCACCUAGGGGGGGUCAGACAUUUGUGACGGGGGGGGGGUUUGAGAAAUGUGACGUCACAUCAAAAUGCGCAACUUUAAAUAAUUAUUUAAAUAUACCUUUUUCUCAAUGUUUUCUCCUACAACAUCAGAGUACAGCGCCACAUUAAAUACGCACUACAAUGACAACAUUUGAGGGGGGGGUCUGACUUUUUGUGACGACGGAGGGGGGGUCAAAAAUCGUCCAAAAUCGCGUGACGUCAUUUAUGGACGGCCCCCUAUGGGAAAAUAGGAUCCUAUUUACGACGUGGUUUCCAGGAACGCAUUGUGUGGUAAAAGCAGGGAGCGGAUGUACAGGGAAAACUUGCCAAUGCGGCUGUCUUAUCUAUUCACAGUUUACCUAUCGAGGUCUGUUUUCCGGAACACGGAGUGCGAUGUUUUGGCUGUACGCGAUUUGACGCUGCCAAGAUUCUUGUCUUCGCGUCGAAACGGUGCGAAUGAUUCGACUGUGAUAACGAUUAAUUUACCUUGUAGAUUGUUGUGUGUGUGUGGGGAGCGGUAGUGUUGCGGUUAGCGUGUUGCCCUACACACCUGGCGACCGAGUUCGAUUCCCACUCACGGCCAACACCGGUGACGAGUAUCUGAACCGGUCCUGGGCCUAUCCUAGGUCGACUUGGCCUCAAAUGAGUGCUUGGUGUGGUGCGUAAACAUUGCCACUGGGGAGACAAAGGCGGCCGGGCGUCGUGCUGGCCACCCACCCCCUCGUGUGCCGUGCCGGCCUUCAUAGGUGCUCGCUAGCAACACUUGCCCCAAUAGUCUCUUAAGGCUAUACGGGGGGUAUUUGUGUUUUUGUUUGAUAAUUAUGUAACGCAUUCGACGGAAGUGUUCACGAAUUGCCGCGUGCGUCUAGGCGGCCACUCGUUGAGGACGUCAGCAAGAUGGGUGGCUCGAUGGCGAAUCAGCGACACGCUCAGGGACAAAGGCAUUAUGCAAAUGUACGCACGUGGCCGCAUGCAUCUUGCCGUCCAGUGGUCGACGUUAGUCACGCGGACGGCAUGGUGGCUCAUCGUUAAACGUUCAAGCGACAGUGUUAGGGGGUCGAGGCUGGGGCUGGCAAUUUCAGGGUGAGGGGGCGAACGUCGGGUUCGAGUGCGGGAAGAUGGAGAGAGGGUUGUUUUUUGUUGGAGUGGA